AUGCCAUCUCCAUUUCAGCAGAAGUACUCAAGCCAAAACCACAAGAACUACAACGAGAGUGUUGUGCCAGCCAUGCCCGAAGAAAUCAAGAAAGAGACCGAACGUCGCGAAUCGGACGCAUCAGCAAACUCCUAUGACGGACGCCGUCGGUCUUCUGCCGCACAGCGAUUUGGUAACCUCGAGGCCUUGAAGCGACAAACAGAUGAGCAUAGCACCGCAAGGAGACAGUCUCUACACGACUCGUACGGAAAGGUCGGCAUACUCGGAACGAUGUGGAACAACUUUACGCGUGGCGCUGGCGUUCAACCGUCCAAGUAA